UAUAUGUGCCAGUACAGAGUUUGUUAGGAGUCUUCUCUAGCUUGUUGAGAUCUAGUAAUAUCUCAUGGCUAUUGAAAUUGCUGCAAUUAACUCUGCCUGUGCAUGCAUGAGGAGCUUGGUUGUGCGUGAUGAUAUAUGCUAUGUUUGUCUGACAGAAGAGAAACUGGUGGAUUUGGCCCGUGAGGAAAAAGUUGUCUUUGCUCUGAGAGAGGAUGUGAAAGUCAAACUCAAAGAGGAAGGAGAAAAGCUGGGUAAAAUCCCCACUCAACAAGUUAAAGAGUGGCUUGAGCAGAGCGAAUGUACAUGGAAUGAGGCAAAAAACUUGGAGAAUGAGUAUCGUGGGAAAUGGCUUGUUAGUGGGUAUUGCAGUAUAAAUUGUUGUUCAAGGUAUAAUAUCAGUAGAAGAGCAGAUCAAAUUUCCAAGAGACUUACAGAGUUGAAGGAAGAAAGAAAAAAUUUUCAAGAUUUGACAAAGAUUCCAGAAAAUAUUGCAAUGAAGAUACCUGUGCGACCAGAUUUAGUAGAGGCUAUAACUUCUCCGUAUGUGAAACAAAUCAGCGACCAUUUAAAAAAUGUAAAAGUCAAUGUUAUUGGUAUAUGUGGAAUGAUUGGUAUAGGCAAGACAACACUCUUGAGGGUGAUCCACAACUCACUUCUGGAUGGUGGUAAUCAUGUCAUUAUGAUUGAAGAUUCACACAAUCUAGAUUUGGAAAAAAUUCAGAAGAAGAUUGCUGAAGAGUUGAAUAUGCCAAAUCAUUCUAAAAGAAACAUUUUGCAUUAUUUGCAAGGUAAAAAAUUUUUAUUUCUUUUAGAUGGCAUAUGCCAAAAAGUGGAUUUUGCAGAAGAAAUUGGAAUUCCUCUGGGUAACAACAAGGUGAUUUUUACUGCUUCAAAUAGAGACAUGUGUUCUGAAAUGAGAGCUCAUCCAAUUGUGGAAAUGAAGUGCCUAGAGGAUGAGGAGGUGGCGUGGCAUGUUUUCAACCAAAAUGCUAAAACUGAGAAUUUAGAAUUUGAUUCAGUGAAUGAUUUGGCUAAGGAAGUUGUACAUAAGUGUGGUGGCUUACCGCUUGCUCUUACACUAUUUGGGCAGGCUAUGUCAAAUAAAAAAACUGUUCAAGAAUGGCAGCAUGUGGUUAAUGAACUGAAUAGGCCGGGCAGCUGUGUUAUUUCAGAAAUGAACACUUUAUGUAAUAAGCUGAAAGUCUGUUAUGAGACUUAAGACACUCCAACCCUGAAGAAGUGCUUUUUGAGUUUCUCAUUGUGGCACAACUAUCCUAUAAUUUACAAAGAAGAUGUUAUCCAAUGCUGGAUGGGGCUUGGAUUUAUUGUUUUUCCCAAGUACAAUCAAGCUUACAAUGAGGGUUGCUAUCUUCUUGGAAGACUAGAGAGCGCAUGCUUACUGGAAGUAGUGGGUGUUGAGGUCAAAUUACAUCACGUGGUACGUCGCAUGGUUCAUUCAAUAGCCUUAGAAAGUGGAACAAGGAUGGGAAAAUGGAUGGUAAGGGAAAACGACUACAGGGAGCUCCAAGUUUAUCCAGAUGAAAUAGAGCAAUGGAAGGAUGCAGAGCGUAUAGCAGUGACAAUGGAUCCUGUGCUAAAAGUUGUGCCGAGAUUAUCUCAUAAUUUCCCCAACCUGGUGAGUUUAAUGCUACAGGGCAAUAGUGCAUUGAUGAGGCUCCCCGAUGACAUUUUCCAACAAAUGAAGAAACUUGAAUACCUGGAUCUGUCAUCCACUGCCAUUGAUCAGAUUCCAGCCGGCAUCAAAGAUGUGGCUAAUCUCCGGUAUCUCAACAUUUCCAGGACUAAGAUUGUGACAUUACCACAUGAGUUGGCACAACUCAAGGAAUUGAAAUUCUUAAUCUGUAGGAAGCUAAAACCCUUUGAAUUGGAAGAGGGUUUGUUAUCCAGCUUGUACAAACUGGGGGUGCUUGAGCUACAACCGUUCGCAUUUGUACCAGCAAAAUAUCUAAGGUCAAGUGCAGGCAGUAUGAAAAGGAUUGGCAUGCUUGUCAAAUCUCUUGUGGUUUUCAAUCUACUAUCAGAAUUGCCAACAUGUUACAUUCAAAUAGAAGAACUGCAUGAAUUAGGAUCCAUUUCUUUUGAAUCCUUGAGUUGCAAGAAUCGUGGAUGCCUUGAAAAAUUAAAACUCACUGCAUGUAAUGAGCUAAAGGAAUUAGUGGUUGAUGGGAAUGAAAGCAACUUCAAGAAGCUACAUUUGUUGGAUCUCAAGAACCUAAACUUGAUUAACUUCAAUGGCGUGGAACCCAGAAGCUAUUUUCAGAAGUUAAGAAAGUUGUAUAUAGCCAAGUGUAAGAAUUUGAAGAAUCUUCCUUGGAUCCUACAUCUCCCUGCACUUGUUACUUUGAAAAUAGAACAGUGUGAAAUUCUGAAGGAAUUUGUCUGUUGAAAGGAUGGAGAAAUACAGCAAGUUUCAGAAUGCUACCCAACUUUCCCCAUGCUAGAAAUUUUGAACAUUGGUUUUUUACCAAAUUUGUUGAGCAUAAGCAAUGAUCCACUCAUUUUUCCAUGCCUUUCAAAUUUAAUUGUUGAAGGUUGUCCGAAAUUAAUAAGGCUCCCUUUUGGCACACACAUUAUUACUAGCAAAUUCAGAAGACUUGACUGUGAAGAAGGCUGGUGGAAUGGGUUAACGUGGGAUGAUGGCCACAACGAUAUCAGAUCUUACAUUGCAACCAAAAUCAAUUUCAAAGAAGCUGGGUCCUCUCAACCAUCUUCUUCCUCCCGCCCACCAGUCCUGACUUCUCCAAGUCCUCGUAUUCAUCCUAUGGACGGCAUACAAUCCUUCUUAGAGCUAAGCAUCAAUAAACCAGCACUUGCUUUAGAAGGGACAAGUACUACAACCAGAGCUUAAUCUCAACUACAAAUUAGUGCAAAUUAAUUGGCCCUCUCAAAAGGCAAUAAUAGUUGGGAAUUGAAAAUCGAACUUAAUUUAUAAAUGAUAUUUAAUGUAUCUAGAGAUUUGAUCAUGUAAUUGGGUCUAGAAUGUUGAAACAUCAAACUUGUGUUUCUGUUUCCAAAGAGUGCUUUGGAAAAAGGAGUUUGGGGUUUAUUAAAGAGUGCUUUGGUAUAAACUAAACUCUUUGUUUUUCAUUAUGGAAUUAUUUGGAC